AACUAGAAUGUCUUCCUACAAGAUUUUUACUUUGUUGCUUUUAUUUGUGAUGAGCAGCAUUGCAAAUGGAGUUAGAAUUAGGGAGACCAACAUGGUUUUCUACGUGCAUGGAAAGAACGCCGCAGAAAUAGUAGUGGCAGGAGCGAAUGGUUCUUCUUCAGAGUUUGGAAAGUUUGGCACCGGAGUGGUGAUGGAUGUUUUGGUCACUUGGGAACCUCAAAAUGACUCCAAAGUGAUUGGUAAAGCUAAAGGAAUAUAUUUAUUUGCAGAUGCAAGCGGAAAUCGAGCUUCUAGCCCAAUGCUAAUUACCAUUGUCUUUGAGAAUGAUAAGAACCAGAGUGACAGCUAUAACAGUUUGCAGUUGCAGGGAGUUGACGACCUUUAUGGAUCCAAACGCGAAGUUUCAGUAGUUGGAGGAACUGGGAAAUUUAGAUUUGCUCGUGGGUAUGCAAUCAUUACAACAGAAACUGUUGAUAAUGGUCUACUUCCUGUUCUCAAAUUUGACGUCACAAUUCGGCCAUUAUAGGAAUCCUGACGGCUUUUAAAACCAGGAAUUAGUUUAAAGUUGCAAAUAUAUGUUUAGUUUGUCCACCAUUGAACAGAUGGGACUUUUAGUCAUAGGUCGAAGUUGUUUGUGACAAGUUUAUCAGUAUUACUAUUAAUUUGGGUUAUUUUAUAUAUUAUUAAAUAUAUAUAUUAGGAAUAUGAGAUAUGGAAUAAAGUUUCCUUCAAACUCUAUUGAAGGUAAGGCAUUCAUGUCUCGUUUGUAGUAUAGUUAGAUGACUCCCAAAAGGUAUAGGGGUAGUCCCAUAUUGCUAUAAGCCGUCUAUAGACCUAUAUACAGACCACAUGACAUCGUGGACUAUUUUUAAAGACUAUUUUUAAAGACUCUUUCUUUUGUUUGUUAUUUCAAAUUCAUAACUUCUUGUGUGAGGAAAAUUAUUAGGAUACUUUUGACAUCUGUAAGUGAUCUUGUGCCUUCACAUUUCAAAUAUGUGUUGAUGGGAUUUCAUAUAAAAUGGUAACAAUUUAUUAUAUUC